CGUUGCAUAGAUCAACCUUAACAUCACUGCAACUCGAACUUAGUUAUCGUGCUCUAGUUUCCAAAUGAUGCGCGCUAUUAUUUACUUAAUCCUUGCGACCAUUUGCGCAACCAGCGCAGUUCCGAAUAAGUUUCAUACCUCGGGCCACUUUCAUAAAAAUAUAAGGGAAGAGUCGGCGUCUUACUGGAAUGAGCAGGCCCAGGCCCGUCUAAAAGAGCAACUGUUGAGACGACCCAACACUGGUAUCGCCAAGAAUGUCAUUUUUUUCAUCGGUGACGGCAUGUCGAUGGCAACACUAACCGCAACUAGAAUCCAUUUGGGUCAAAAAAGUGGAAGUAGCGGAGAGGAGACCGAGCUGUCGUUUGACAAAUUUCCUUACGUGGGUUUAUCGAAGACGUACUGUGUGAAUAAGCAAUUUGGUGAGUCAGCUUGUACGGCAACCGCUUAUCUAGGUGGAGUCAAAAGUAACGAAAACACAAUUGGCGUAACGGCAGCGGUUAAAAAUGGAGACUGCGACGCAAUGAAUAAUGUUUCCAAUCACGUUCCAUCCACUGCUCAUUAUUCGCAAUUGAAGGGAAAACGUACCGGUCUUGUUACUACAGCGUUAGUUACCGAAGCCUCUCCAGCCGGCGUCUAUGGACACACGGCAGAACGCGAAUGGCAUUGCGAUGCGGAUGUCAAACGUAGCGGUAAAGAUCCCAAAAGGUGCUUAGAUAUGGCCACGCAACUGGUGCAUGGCGCAACAGGUAGCGGGCUGAACGUGAUUUUCGGCGGUGGCAGAACCAUGUUUUUACCGAACUCCAAAGUCGAUGAAGAUGGUACGCCAGGCAGCCGCCUUGACCAACGCGAUUUGGUAAAGGAAUGGGCGCAACGCAAGGGAAACGCCACCAGUAGAUACGUCAGUGACAGAGAAGGCCUAUUGAAUAUUACUGAUAGUACAGAGUAUGCGCUUGGUCUCUUCAAUAGUAGCGUUAUGGAUUACAACCUAGAGCGAAACAAGAGCAAAAAACCAUCUUUAGAGGAAAUGACACUCAAGGCUAUCGAGUUAUUGUCAAACGGCAACAAGGGCUUCUUUUUAUUUGUCGAAGGAGCUUUAAUAGAUUAUGCUCACCACGAUAACCAAGCCCGCAUCGCGCUAGACGAAACGGUUGAAUUUCACAAAGCGAUCGAAGCAGCUGUUAAGGUCACCGAUGAGAGGGACACUCUAAUUGUGGUAACGGCCGACCAUUCUCACUCAAUGCUUUUAAGCGGCGGCAUGGAGCGUGGUCACGACAUUUUAGGCGUUGAUACUCUCACUGUGGACUCACUGAAUUAUACUACCAUAAGCUAUGGCACCGGUCCAGGGUACAAAGGUUGUGAAAAUGGACGUCGCUAUAAUGUCUCUAAGGAUAACUUGACGGAUGUUAGGUACAGUUACCCAACAAUGGUCCCACUGCCAAUUGCCCAGCAUGGGGGUGACGAUGUUGCCAUUUUUGCGCGUGGACCAUGGGCUCAUCUGUUUAGCGGCGUUCUCGAACAAAACGUGAUAGCUCACAUUAUCAAUUUUGCCUCCUGCGUUGGUAUAGGAGCAACUGCGUGCGACUGAAGAUUCUAGCGUAAAUUUGUAUAUUUCUACACCAGAUUCUAAGUUAAUUUCAAAUGAAGAUCACAUUAUCACAUCC